AUGCGCGAUCAGCUGCCGUUUAGGCGUGUUUUUACACACAACAACUGUGUCCAGUGGUUCCGUCCCAUCAAGAACAUUAACAAUCGGCAUAUUUUAGAGGACAUUUUUAAAGAGAUGACCUAUGGAAAUGAGAAUGAGGUCAGAACUGCCUACCUAGCCGCAAUGGAUAUAGUUAGAUUUUCAACUAGUGAGGCGUUGCUUGUCUUUCUGCAGAAUGGAGGAUUGAUAGCUCUCAAAAAUCUCAUCAACAGUUGCCACCUCGGAAAUCGAGGUCAGGCGACAUUUGGAUUGGCACUUAACAUUCUCGAGGGCCUACUCGCUGUCAGUGCUGAUGUCAGGGUCUACCUCCUCCGGUAUUGGGACAUGCUGUUACGUCCAGUUAAAAAGUCUUUUGCGCAUUUUCAACGCACCUAUGGAUGUACGGAUGUAAAGGGAAAGUUAAGCCCAUUCGGCAGUAGGAGUGAGUUUCCAGACAUGUGUGCACAUUUCUACCGAUUUCGACUGGAGGAGAGAAACAACUCACACCGACUACCUCCAGACCAUGAUGUUGGCCUCUUCUCCGAGUACUUAAGAACUUUGGAAAUCAUAGUUCACACAGCUCCUGACUCAACUCCAGCUCUCUUGAAGAAGGUGUUUCUAGCUAAUAAACGCCUCGAUCCCUUCCACAAAAGCAUCAAGGACUUGAACUUGCGUGUCCCAUCCAAAAAAGCCGAUUUCGUGUAUGGUCCAAGGGUGGAUUUGAUCCGCCAGGAGAGUUUGGGCACACCCCUGAAAAUUGUGCCUUACCUCAAGUUCUUUUUCAAAUUGGAAAAAGCAAAUUCAAAACAAGUGGAUAAGACUGAAGGUGGGGGUGGAAAAACUACUUCUAAACUGGGCGCUAAGAAAUCCGAAAUUGCUGAUGUUGAGGUGACGUGUUUUGACACGAUGAAAGGGAUUGCUCUUGAACCACCACCAGUGGAGGAGCCGAAAGCACCUCAAAUGAAGUUUUGUCAACAACUGGAUGACUCAAACCGUCUAGCAGCAGUUCAUGUGUUGUCACACACGACUCCGUCUAUUGUGGCUCUCACAAAUAAGAAUCCGCUUUUCUGUCCAUCCGUUCGAAAGCUGAUUGAUCCUACCGGCAAGUUGGAAGACACUGCCUUGAAAAUUAUGAAGUUUAAACCUCCCAAAAUUGCUCACGAAAUCUAG